AUGGUGGAUUUCAAUAGCACCAGCUUCCAUCCUGCCACAUUCCAACUGACCGGCUUCCCAGGCCAGGAAGCUGAUCACCACUGGAUCUCGAUCCCUUUCUGUGUGGUCUACAUCACUGCCAUUGUAGGGAAUUGCACUGUCCUCUGCAUUAUCUGGGCAGAGCGGCGUCUCCAUCAGCCCAUGUAUUUGUUCCUGUGCAUGCUGUCAGUCAACGACCUCGGUAUGUCUCUGUCGACCCUGCCUACGGUGCUCGGCAUCUUCUGCUUCGAUGUCACAGACGUCGCGUUCGACGCCUGCCUGGCUCAGAUGUUUUUCAUUCACUCCUUUUCCAACAUGGGGUCAGGGAUUUUACUGGCCAUGUCAUUCGAUCGCUUUGUCGCCAUCUGCGACCCGCUGCGCUACGCGGCCAUCUUGACCAACCCCAGGAUCGUGAGAAUCGGGCUGGCUGUUGUGAUUAGAAGCUUCAGUGUGGUUUUACCAUUGCCCAUUCUUAUUAAACGCUUGCCUUUCUGCCGCGCCGAAGCCCUCUCCCACGCCUACUGUCUGCACCCGGACGUGAUGAGGCUGGCGUGUGCGGACAUCACAGUCAAUAACAUCUACGGCUUAUGUGCUAUUCUCUUUGUCUUCGGAAUAGACUUGCUGCUUAUUGUCAUCUCCUACAUUCUGAUUCUGACGACCAUCUUCAGUAUCGCGUCUGGGGGGCAGCGUCUUAAGGCCCUGAAUGCCUGCUUCUCCCAUGUCUCCUCUGUCUUAAUACUCUACAUUCCAAUGAUCACAGUCUCUGUCAUACACAGGUAUGGCGAGAAGGUCCCGCCGUUAGUCCACAUUCUGAUGUCCAGCAUUUACCUCUUCGUGCCCCCUGUGAUAAACCCCAUCGUUUACAGUAUAAAAACCAAGGAGAUUAGAAAGAGCAUCCUCAAAAUGUUCUCUAGAUAA